GCGGACUAACAACAAACCAGACAUUAGAGGGGGCAUAGAAACUAGUUGAAGGAUAUUGACCUAGACCACUUCUAUACAAGGUCAGAUGUGACCCAGACACAAGGGAGCAACAGCUACAAGCUCAACAAGCCACAAUGUAGGACAGAAAACAGGGGGAGAUGGUUUCUCACCCACAGGGGGGUAUAAAUCCAUAGAACCUCCUACCCGCUGAAGUCUUAAACACAAAAACUGCUGAAUUCUAAAAUUCAACUCGAUAAAAUCAUUAGAACAAAUGGGUGGGGGACAUUUGACAAGUGGUAGGCUCCUGUCUCUGUCGAGGCCACUAGACAUAGGCUGGCCCCUCAGGUAAAUUCAGGUAAAUGUAAAGAGUUUUCCUCCAGCCUAGGGUGGCACCGGGCGGCCGCUCCGAGGUUGAUGCCCUGUACAUACAGUAUAACCAGAUAUUUUUAUUUUAUUGGACAUUUUCCUCAUAAGUACGUAGUCAAGUCGUAGCAGAAGCCAUGAAAUAUUGCAGCACAAGGGGACGGCAAACUGGACUGUCUUUUCAAGAUGUCCUAUUCUCAGGAUAUGCAGAGGAUGGUGGGUUGUAUAUGCCUGAAACAAUCCCAGAACUAAGCCAAACAGAUUUAAACAAGUGGUGUAGUUAUUCAUACCCUGAGCUGGUGUAUGCAAUUGCACGCAGGUUUAUUGAUGAGCAGGAAAUUUCCAACAAAGAUUUAGCCGAUGUCAUCAAUGGUAGCUUUACAAGAUUCAGAAUACCAGAAAUUAUUCGUAUAGAGUAUUUACCAGAGGGACUAAACAUUGUGGAGCUCUUCCAUGGACCAACUCUGGCAUUCAAAGAUUUGCCUCUAUCUGUUGUGGGACGACUACUAAACUAUUAUCUCAGCAAGAGUGGAAAACAUAGCACAAUUCUCGUGGGUACAUCAGGCGACACUGGUAGUGCAGCCAUUGAAAGUGUGCGCGGGCAGGAGCACAUGGACAUCAUUGUCCUCCUGCCUCAUGGACGUUGUACACCCAUCCAAGAAUUGCAGAUGACUACGGUUGUUGAACGUAAUGUCCAUGUUUUUUGUGUUGAAGGAACCUCUGAUGAUCUGGAUAAGCCUAUCAAGCAGUGCUUCGCUGACAAGGAGCUGGUCUCGACGCAUAAUCUCAUAUCUAUCAACUCCAUCAACUGGGGUCGCAUUUUAGUGCAAGUGGCUCAUUAUUUCUACAUUUACUACCAGCUGUGUGGCAGUGUGGGUAACUCUGUCAAUGUGGUGGUGCCAACUGGAGCUGCCGGCAACCUUACUGCUGGGUGCAUAGCACAGAAAAUGGGCCUUCCAAUAACACUGGCAGCUGGAGUAAAUGUUAAUGAUAGUGUAGCAAGAGUCAUAAAGAAAGCUGACUUUUCACUCAAGGAGGAAGUUCUUCAGACUCUGGCUCCUGCCAUGGAUAUACAAGUUCCGUAUAAUGUUGAGAGGCUGGUGUAUCUGUAUGCCAAUGGAGACACAACAAGAGUUAAAGAAGUUAUGGAUACAUUUGAAAAGAAUAACAGCGUUGACUUACCACAGGACAUAAUGGAGGCCAUGAGGACGGCCAUUGUGGAGUCAUUUAUAGUUGAUGAUGGCAAAAUAACAGAAACCAUGCAGAGAAUACAUGAAGAGCAUAGAUAUAUAGUGUGUCCACACACUGCAGUAGCUGCUGCUUAUCACUACCAAUGGAAGCGAGAUGUACCCCAUGGUUAUGUUGCUACCGCAUCACCAGCCAAAUUCCCAGAUGCAGUGCAAAAGGCCAAGGCAGAGCCAGUGACUGAGGGAAUCAAGCAUCUCAAAGAUCUCCCAAAAGAAUUUCAAUGGAUGCGUAAGGGACAAGACUGGCACACUAUUCUUCGUGCAAAAAUUGAAGCUAUAUGUGUACAAAAAAAAAACAUUUAAACAAUGCUAAGGACUUAACAGGAAAAAGUUAUAUAUGA